AUGUCUGCUCCAGGUUUAGCUUUCGCCAAUAUAACUAUAUUGCUUGAUGUGCCUCAACUUCCAGCAAUUUUUUUUGUAAAUAUAAGAAAUAACUUUAAAGUUUUUAUAAAUGAAAUUAAGCAGAAAGUUGUAGAGAAUGAAGAAAUUUAUUAUCCACAUAAUAGAAUUAAUUUACAAAAUAAUCGAAUAAAUAAAAUGGGAAGGACUAGAAAAUAUAGUAAUAACAAUAAUUGGUUAUUUGGAAAUCCAUUUUAA